AUGCUGGCGGCCGGGAUCGACGUGCUCCUGUGCGACGCGACGGUCGUGCUGCUCCGGCCAGUGGUCGCCGAGCUGGCGGCGAUCCCCGCUGACCUACUCGUGCAGCGCGACGCGUGGCCAGAGGACCCGGUGCGCAAGGUCGGCGUCGCGGCCAACGCCGGCUUCUACUACGCGCACGGCACGGCCGCCGUCAGCGAGUUCGUGCUGUCGGCGGUGCGGCGCGGGCUGAUCGAGUUUUACCUGCGCUGGAACAACAUCGGCGACCAGUACGGCCUCUCCUUUGUGAUGGCGGACGCCAAGAUGGACGCAAAGGCGGACGGAGGGGCGGGAGGGGCGGGAGGAGGCCGGAGGGGCUGGCGUGGCCGCUCGAGCCCGACCGCCAACGAGACCACUCUGGCCACCUUCCACCCAAGCGGGUCGCACUGCAAGCAGCGGGGCAACUGCCUGCGCCUCGGCUGGCUGCCCUACGACCGGUUCCCUCGCACCGGCAGCUGGGACGGGCUCCAGCCGUCGGCCGCCAUCUACCACCUCACGCACGGCUGCAUGCAGGAGGCGGCGCCGUGCAGCGUGCCCGGCUCGCGCCCGUUUCGGGGCCACCGGCAGCGGCAGGACCGGUACGAGAAGGUGGACUUCGACGACAUGAGGCCUGAGCUUUGA